AUGAGGCGCAAAACUAGUCAGGAAUCUUCUCACAGUGGUACUUAUAAGCCUCUUUCUACUUCAAACGCUUCGUCACGAAAAAGCAGCUUGAACAGUUUCCACGAAAGUAACCGUGAGGAUGUUGGCCCUUCCAGAAGGUCCGACUACAACACUGGAAGAAAACUCCAUAGUUCAAGUCAAUCGCUUUUUGACCGUCCCACUACUAUGCAUGACACACUUAUUGCCGAAGACUACGAUUGGCGGCGGAAUUCAAAGAAUCGUGGUGGAUAUUCAGCCAGGCGGUAUAAUGAUGGGGAGAACAAUAAUUCUUGUAGUUUUGGGUACCGGGGUGAACAUUAUAAAUCAAGGCAGGAAAGUGGCGCCUUCCGUUCGAAUUUUGUGCGUAGUGAACGGUACAGUUCCUAUCGGGAAAGUCAGAAAUCAGCGGGACCAUCGAACAGGAGGCGAGAGGGCACAGGUGGUGUUGACUUCUUAUUAGUAAUGGGACGUGGAGAAUUUUCUUAUGAAUUAAUUGGAGGAAAAGAAGCAGGAGAACAAAAGAAUCAAACUUCUGGAGAUGUAGAUAUUUAUGGCUUCCGAAGGCUUAGUAAUAGCAGAAGUGGUAAAGAAGAUAUGAAAAGCAUGAAGGAAAAGUGUAGAUGGAAUCGCAAUGAAAACAGACUUGUGAAAAGAGACCGUAGUCGGGAAGAAGGGACUGGUGUGGUUGCUGGAUCAGAGGACAGCGAGAUCCCUGGAGUAGAUGAAGGUGCCAGUUCUUCAAAGAGUUCUGCGCAACCCGUGCAACAUAUGUCUUUCCAAGACCUUUGCGCAAGUGUUGAUUCUUUGGAAAUGGGAUCAUUUGACUGGAGCACAGAAGUUGAAGCGGAAGAAGAGAGAAAGAGAGAAAGACUAGAACGCGUACAAAGAGAAGAACAGGAAAGGCUAGAAGCUGAAAAGGCAGCGAAGGAAAAAGAGCGUUCAAGAUUCUCCCAGCAGCAGAAUUGUCGCCAGAGAACUGAUUCUUACAACAAAACCGUUUGCGGAAGCACUAGUAGAGGGAGACUGAGAAGACGAAUAGAUAGCCAUACAAGUUAUAUCAGUCAGGCUUCUAGUGCAGGAGGUAGCAUUGAAGAAGUCACGGACGAGGAUGUAGAAAGCGGCGAAAAAACUCCUACUUACGAGGAUCAGGCUUCACAUGAGUUGAGAAGUGAUAGGUUCGAUUAUUCCAGAAGAAAACCGAACGAUGACAGGGGAAGGCAACCGGAAACUUAUAGAAAAUCGAAUAAAAGGAACAUCGGAAAGUUUGUUGACAGAAAUCUGCAGUAUCGAGGGCCUUUCAGACGUGACAGUUGCGAAAGUGACAAAAAAGUGGUCACGUCUGGAAUGAUUAUUGACCCAAACUUGAGAAGACAACCUGCCGGCGUGAAUUACAAUGCUGCAAAUAGACCUCAUAACCCGAAUAACUUACCUCCUGGGGUGAUUGCCGUAAAUGUUUCCGUACCGCCACCAAAUUUAUCAGUUCCUCCUCCUAGACUCUCUAGGCCAGCUGCUCCAUUCGUGAAUAGUUUAAGUUCGCCACUUGAAAGUUCGAAAGUUAUGAAACCGUUGCUUCAGAAAGCACCAAAUCCAGAAUAUGUGAAAGCUGCAGACCCACAAUUAGGUGCGAAGACGUCAACUGGCUUGUCUGAACCAAAACGUUCGUCUAACAGUCAUCCCACUGAAUGGCCAAUACAUAAAGAAAUAUCUCAGAGGGAAGGUCCACAAAUACAGCAGUUGAAUGAUACUAUGUGCAUUCUUUUUGAAAGGAUUGCUGAUUCUGCAGAUGUUGCUGCCGGGGAACAACUAUUAAUUGCUAGCGAUGCAUUGUCCCAGUUGUAUAUGGACAUUAUGACUCGUGAAAUUGAUUAUACGUACGCCAUGAAUUUGGAACAACAUUUAUGGAAGCAGUGUUUCUACAAACCUAUUGAGGCAUUAAGAACUGCGAGCAAUGCAUCUGGUGAAGUAGCUAUCGGUUUUCGGAAAUCCUUGGCCGUCCUGCUGCAACAAGUCUGGUUUUUUGCGGGAUUCAAUUUUUACAUGAAAUUACUGGAGAAAUAUGAAGCCGUGUUUAAUUUUCGCUAUGAAGAUUACAUUUAUUGGUUAAACGGGCUCCCUUCUGAUGAUCUCACCAGCUGCACAUUAGUUGGUUGUGGUACACGGUCUCCCUCUAAUAGAACCUUGCGGCUAGCGUCAAUGUCACUCCAACGAUUAACUGUUUCGUUAGGCGAUCUUCAUCGCUACAACGCAAUGGUUACCGGAGUUAAGGAUUAUAGACCCGCUCGCUUAUGGUAUCAAAAGUCUGCUCAGCUGAGUCCCGGUAAUGGACGUCCUUACAAUCAGCUUGCACUCCUCGCUGUGUACGCUUGUGCUGGUGUAGAUGUGUUUGUGAAGUUCUAUUAUAUCUAUAUAGCUAAAAAUACGACAUGCAUUGACUAUCUUCGUUUUACUGCAGUACCCACGAUGCGCUUCACUGCGAUUAAAUUAGGAUCUGCAUGUCUUGAGUUUUUUUUUGGUUCUACUGUCAGGAACAUGCUUUUAGUAAAGUUGAUUAAGUUGAUCUUCUCGUCCAAAUGGGUCGACGUUAUCUUUUAUUAUGUCCGGGCGUUAGCAGCUCGAUACCCUUUUGAGACUGCACGACAGCCUCUUUUCACAGCUUUCAGUGACAUGAGAAAGAAGGUUUAUGAAUAUGAGACCGAACUUGACGAAAGGCUGGGACAGCGUAUUUCGGAACAGGAAAAUGAAUUGGCUUGGGAUGAUAGACCUUACGAAAUUUGGGUUACUCCCGAUGGCGACGUCAGCAAAUGGGACUAUAAAGCCGGUUCUGCAGAAAGUGAUAGCAUACAAAUUUUUCUGUCAGAGCCACAUGAGACAGUGAGUAGACGUUUUUCAGUAUCUCCACUUCUUACAGUUUUACAUACGGUAAAGUUUAAUAAUUAUUUCCAGCUUUAUCGAAGAACUCUUGCAUAUAUACUGUUUACUGCUGGUCUUUUGAUUACAAAGAUUGGUAUGGAACGUUUUGAGACUAUAAGCGAACGGGCGUUAAUUCAACUGUCAGCACUGCUAACGCUUGAAAAUUCUCCUCUUACUGCGCUUCAUACAGUUGGUUUCAAUGGUGAUCCUGAGACGUGUACAGCGCAGCAGCAGUAUGCAGUUCAGACGGUUCUUAGUGUUCUAGGCGUUUUGUUAGGGCCUAUAGAAGAGUGCCUUUCUCAGCUGGGAGCUUUGUUAUCCGGUGAAAUUUGUUUGAAAAAUAAGGUCACUGGACUUUAUUUCCUUGUCUUUAAAACUUUUUCGUCUAGGACACCAUUUGAAAAGAAAAAAAAACUUGCGGUGAUGCAGAACGUUCUACCUAUUAAGGUUCGUCGGGUGUUGCCGUCAGUCUUCGUUUACUGUGAAUGGCUGUCGACCCCUUACAUCAACAAAAUAUAUAACAAAAUGCCAUCAUUAGAGCCGUUGGAAUGUGGCAAUUUACCGAUAAGAACGUGGCAUACUCUUGCAACCAUUGCGAAUGCUUUAGCUGCUACGGAGGGGAAGUUGGCUAGAAACGUUUCAAUUGGAAGCGAUCGGACACCAUCAUUGGAGGUUGUGUUGCCCGAGACAGUGUUUUUAGCGUCAUUUGCUGAAGCUUUUCCAGCAGUUCCUAAAUCACUUCAUUUAGUUGAUGGCAUUGUCUGUGAUGGGGAAAAUCAGGCUCCUAGUUCUACACAAGUUUCUGGGUUGGGGGACAUUAUUUCCUAUUCGCAAAUGGUCAGGUUUUUACUUCUAAGACCACUUGAUGCUACUACUGGACAUAUCAUACCAAAGUCUGAACCAUCUGCAGCAGAAAACAUUUCCCCUCUGACAACUGAAAAAGCUGAAAAAGAGAUUUCAGAAAACUGCUGUGAAGGUGUGCCCGAGGACGAGAUCUCACAAGAACAGAUUAAGUACCGGCGAACCAAGAAGGAAAAUCAGCUUAAACAGGAAAUUUUGGAAAAAGAAAUCGCAGGUGAUCGGCGUAUUGUCAUCGAAGUGAAGCCCGUUUACGUCGUUUUGGACACAAAUUGUUUCAUUUAUCACUUAGAAAGCAUAAAACGCAUUGUGGACUCGCGGAAGUUCACUGUUCUUGUCCCAACAAUGGUAAUUGCUGAAUUGGAGGGUCUUUGUAAACGUGCUGAAUCUAAAGGAAUUAUCAGAGUAGGACAAGUUUUGGAUGAUGAACAUAGUACUUGGAUACAGCAACGUGCUGGUCUUGCUUGCGAAUUUUUGCAAGAAGCGAAACAUAAGGAGGUUUCUCAGAUCAGUGCCAUUUCAAGCAAAGGAAAUAAGUUUAGGCUGAAUUUUGCCUCCGAACAAGAAGAGUUACGCAGUGAAAAGUUUGAGAAUCAUCUACCUUAUGCCCGCUGGGUUACUCAUUCAGUUGUUCACAGUGUUACAACUUCACCGAGGGGUAUGACAUCACAGGUCGAUGUUGGAGUUGCCGACACCAUCACCCAAGUUUCAAGGCAGUGGCGAACAAUGACUUUCGUUUCUUGUUGUGGUAGAAACUUUUUCCAUAAGCUGUAAUU